GGGAGUCGGGCGCUGCUGCCUCUCCGGAGGCUUUGGGCUCGGGGAGUAAUGGAGCCCUCGGGGUCCAGCGAAGUGACAGGCGCAGACACGGCGGGACCCGACCCUCAGCUGGCGGUCACCAUGGGGUUCACAGGAUUCGGGAAGAAAGCUCGCACAUUUGACUUGGAGGCCAUGUUUGAGCAAACUCGAAGGACAGCGGUGGAAAGGAGCCGGAAAACACUGGAAGCAAGAGAAAAAGAAGAAGAAAUGAACAGAGAGAAAGAAUUAAGAAAACAAAUUGAAGAUAAUGAACCAAUACCGUCAGGCUCAAGUGGAGUCAGAGAUAGCUCAAAAUCAUCAUCCAGGGACACAAGCAGCAGUGACAGUGACGACAGUUCUGAUUCAUCUGAUGAUGAGCUAAUCGGCCCUCCUUUACCCCCUAAAAUGGUAGGAGAACCAGUUAAUACUGUGGAUGAAGGUAUCCUUGGCCCUCUACCUCCACCUCUGUGUGAAGAAGGAGAAGAUGAUGAUGAUGAUGAGUUAGAGGAUGAAGGAGAAGAGGAUAACCCCGUUCAAAGGAUUCCUGAUUCGCAUGAGAUAACACUGAAGCACGGCACUAAAACAGUUUCUGCUCUGGGUUUGGAUCCCUCGGGUGCCCGUUUGGUCACUGGAGGAUAUGAUUAUGAUGUUAAAUUUUGGGAUUUUGCUGGGAUGGAUGCUUCCUUCAAGGCAUUUCGAUCUCUUCAACCUUGUGAAUGCCAUCAGAUCAAGUCGUUACAGUACAGUAACACAGGAGACAUGAUUCUUGUUGUUUCUGGAAGCUCACAGGCCAAGGUGAUUGACAGGGAUGGUUUUGAAGUCAUGGAGUGUAUAAAGGGAGACCAGUAUAUCGUAGACAUGGCCAACACCAAGGGCCAUACAGCAAUGCUUCAUACUGGCUCAUGGCAUCCGAAAAUAAAAGGUGAAUUUAUGACUUGCUCAAAUGAUGCGACUGUGAGGCUCUGGGAAGUUGAAAAUCCAAAGAAGCAAAAAAGUGUUUUUAAGCCACGGACAAUGCAAGGUAAAAAGGUCAUUCCCACUACGUGCACCUACAGCAGAGAUGGGAACCUUGUGGCAGCUGCCUGCCAGAAUGGAAGCAUACAGAUCUGGGAUCGAAACUUGACAAGUGUGGUCCGCUGCUUGUGGCAUCCAAAGCUGAACCAGAUCAUGGUUGGAACUGGAAAUGGAUUGGCAAAAGUGUACUACGACCCCAACAAGAGUCAGAGGGGAGCAAAAUUAUGUGUGGUUAAAACCCAGAGGAAGGCGAAACAAGCUGAGACCCUAACCCAGGACUACAUCAUCACCCCUCACGCCUUGCCCAUGUUCCGUGAGCCCCGCCAACGAAGUACGAGGAAGCAGCUGGAGAAGGACAGACUGGACCCCCUGAAGUCACACAAACCAGAGCCUCCUGUCGCAGGCCCAGGUCGUGGUGGCCGAGUUGGAACCCAUGGGGGCACCCUGUCCUCCUACAUUGUGAAGAACAUUGCUUUGGACAAGACUGACGACAGCAAUCCCCGGGAAGCUAUUUUGCGUCAUGCCAAAGCAGCAGAAGAUAACCCAUAUUGGGUUUCGCCAGCAUAUUCCAAAACUCAGCCAAAAACCAUGUUUGCCCAAGUGGAAUCUGAUGAUGAAGAGUCAAAGAAUGAACCAGAGUGGAAAAAACGUAAAAUUUGAAGAAUCUCAUUUAAGAGCUAUUUGCAUGGAGCAACAGGAGAGGAUACAGUGGGCUUUCACCCACCCCCAAUGCUUAUGAAAUAAAAGUACAUUUUUACAAACAGA